GUGAAAUCUGAAGUGUGAGAUGGCAUUUGUCAAGGCGAAGUUGGUACUGUUUGAAAAUCACGAUGCUGAACCGGUGGAAUUAGAACACAAAGUGCUGGACAAAAUCACCAGUUCUAACAGCAGCUGUGGAGAUUUGCUGUCAAAAUAUGUGCUUCAAAUCAUUAAUCAGAAAUUGGGGACAAAAAGCUCCAUUAGAGGGUGGUUCUACAGGAUCAAGGCUUUCUGAAUAAUUUUGCUUCACGAAGAAACCAUGCAGAGUGUGUUCCUGUUGCAACGUGAAGCCAACUCUGUUCUGAGAAGAUUGCGAAGAAAAAAUGGCUUCUUAGAAGAAAUAAAACAGGGCAACUUAGAACGUGAAUGUUGGGAAGAAGUUUGUACUUAUGAAGAAGCUAGAGAAGCUUUUGAAAAUAAUGAAAAGACAAAUGAAUUUUGGAAGAGCUACAUUAAGGAUCAGAAUGAAAAUCAAGGAAAUGUCUCUGGCGUCAGUAUGGAAUCAGUGUAUCUUGUGGCUCCUCUAAUGGCAGGACUUCUCCUAAUUAUUAUUGUACUCUUUGCUAUCUGGAGGUGCCAGGUGAGAAAGGCAAAUAACCGGCAGAAUGCUUAUGCCCAGUCGCACAACCAAGCAAACCAACCUGCCAGAAAUGUAUCAGUAGUUGUGUUUGGUUACAAUGAUAAUCCUCUCAGUCCAUUUGACCGAGUACGUAUGCAGCAAUCGGAGGUUAUGACUACUGAUUACUCCAAUGGGAGUAGUCCCCCUGGAGGACCAUCCACACACUUAAAUUCAGAUCAACCUCCAACUUACAGUGAAGCAAUUGGGCAGGCUGAUAAUAUAAGAAUUAAUGAUGAUACACAACAUAGUGAGGAUCCUCCAAAAUAUGAAGAAAUCAUAACUCCUCCCAAACAUAGUUAAGAAUGUCCCAGGUUGUUAGGGAUGGUAGAUGAAGAUGAUUUUGAAAAGAAAAUUAAUAAUUAAAAGAUAAGAUAUUCGCUUCAAUAUUUUCAUUGUUUUACAAGUAACUGCUUCAAAUUUUGUGAUUAUAACUCAUUUUUAACAGUGGAGCUUUGUUACUGAACUUAAUUAGAUAUAAAACUUAGCUUUGAAAAGUUAGAAGAAAAGGGAAUAUGAUUCCUGUUAGGUCCAGGUUAAGUAGUUUGCAUUUUGUAUUUUUGUUACGAAGGUUUGGGGAUAAAUGAAAUCAUCUGCCUAGACGCACACAUUUACUUUUUUUUAUAUUGAAUAUGUUUCUGGUUAGUAAGAGUGCUUAUUGAGUGCAGUGAAAUAAUCAGUUUUUUUUUAAAGUAGGUAAUACUUCUCAGAACAGGAAAAGAAUGAUUGUAAAAAUUCUGGUUGACUUGUCAUUUUUCUUUUUAUAUUCAAACAUGUUUUGGAUUGCAAGAAUCAACUCCAAUCCUUACUAUUCUGUUUCGUCAUUACUCAUCAACCAUGUACAGUUAGAAAUUAAUUGGGAACACUGUCAAGAAAGGAAGAAGGAUUCUUUCAGUACUCCAACAUUAGUUUAUUACACUGAGAUAAAUUUUUAGACAACAGUGGUUUAGCUUAGAAUUUGUGGAGUUGAGGUUUACCGAUUGGUAAUAACUAAUGAAAUACUAAUUCCCCAGCUGCUGUAUUUUGGAGUAGGCAUCGGGAUUUUGAUGUGCAGGUUUGCUGAUGUGUUGAAUUGGAUGAGCCAUGAAAUAUCUGUCCCACCUUUCACAUCAACCUCACUCAAACAAAAUAGUACACGUUCCAAAACUGACUUUUUGUCAUGCUGGGGAGAAAUAUCAGAUUUUAAGCAUUGAAUUACCACCUGACUUUUUUUUACAACAUGCAUCAGAAAAUAAUUUAUGUAAGUAAAUGGCAACUCAUCUGAACAGUUUAAUUGGUUGUUUUUCUGGUUCUGCAUUUUAUCUGCCAACAUUUUCUCUUGAUUUAUUGUCUUUAUUCAGUAGUAGAUGUACUUUGCUGUACAGUUUCUUGGACAAUCACACCAUAAGCACUGUAUGUGUUAAUUGUUAAAUACGAAUAUGUUAUUGAAAAAUCUCAACUUUUGUUAAUUAUUAAUGCAUACCAAAAGAAUUGAGCCUUGUCAACCGAGGUUUUGAUUCCUAUCUUCCCUCUACACCAUCACAAAAACUAAGCAAGUCCUGCAAAGUUCUGGAAAUGAAUUAACAAACUGACUCUUGUUAUUUUAAACAUAGAAUGUACAGAUCAGUUUUCUCAGCUCAUAUUAAAUACUUGGACCAGGUGAAAUUGAUCUGCUAUUGAGUUAAAGCUCUGACCAGAUGAUUCAAACCACAUUACAGAAUUACCCAUAUUCAAUUUUCCUCAGGUUCAACUAAAAUGCAAGCUAAUUUUAGUUCUUACUGACAAACUUGUUUUAAUUGUAUGUGGCAAAAAUGGUGCACACAUUUGGCACCAGAGAAUAAUGUAUUUUUGAGUUUUCCAAAUGUAUAAACAUAAGGAAAUUGUGUGCAAGUGAGCUAAAUGCCCAGGAUAUGUAUUAAAUUAUGUUUGGGUGUCAUGUACGUAUUGAAGUGCAAGUUUUCAUGAAAUGUAAAUGAUGUCUGGUGUGCAGUAAUUUACAAAAAGUGCCAUUAUUGUUGAACAUCUCAGGAAACAGCAAUUAAAACUGCACAUGGGUGUGGUCCAAAGCAUUUGCCUUCAAUACUUGUGUGUAAUAAUACCCAGUAUGCAAGUAAAGUGUCCUCACAAAUUGUAACAUUCAGUAGUACUCGACAUUCACAAUACUAUUAUGUACCGGAAACUAGCUUCAAAAAUAACUUGUUUCCAGAAUACCAAUUACGUGAUGCGAUUGCAAUUUUUUUCAAUGUACCGUGCAAAAGAUAAAGGAUAGAAACAAUGUAGGACAAUUGCUCAGGAACUUUCCUUCUCUGCAAAACAACAUUAAUCUUGUGUAGUUUGUAUUACAUUGCUUGUUAACUAAGGAACAUAGUUAAGUAGUUUUAGAUGUCGCACUCAGAAAUGUGAUCUUUUUGCACAUUUUUUUAAAUCAAGGACAGUUGCUUUCUGUUAAAGGUGAAGUAAUGACUAACAGGUGCCUGGAAGUGGGUGACGAGGUUAACAAAGCUGUCAGUAUGUGGCUCACAUUAUCUUAACUGAACAUCACCACUGUAGUCAAUACUCUCUGAAGUCUCAAUCUUCAUUUUAUGAAAGGAGGUAGUGCAGAUUAUGGAAUUGACUCUAUCUGCAGCCUGAUUUAUUAGAUCUUAAAUUGUUGAAAUUUUGGAAUGUGUAUACGUUACUAUAUUUUCAUAUUACAUUCUGAUUCAAUGUUAAUGUGCGCUAAGUCAUUCAGAUAUUUUGAGAAAUACAAACAACGUGGUUUCAAAAUGAUCAUGCAAAGGAAUCAUAAGUACUAUUCUAUUUUCUAUUGUAUUAAUUUCUUUAUUGUAUAAUGAAUUUGAAAGAAACAUUAUAAACAUGUCAAUUCUAAAUCUUGGACAUUUUCCUAUAAUAUGCUAAUGCACUAAUUAACAAAAACACUUCGUAAUACACCAAGAAAGCAAUGAUUCAGAAUAUUUAAUGCCUUAAUUUUAUAGCACAGAGAUGCUUCUAUACCCUUUAGAAGAAAGUAUUGUGUAGAACAAUCUUUGUUUUCCUAUAAAAUGCAUAAAUAAAAUUAUAUUGAAAUUUA